CACACACACUGACUCUGUGUGUUUCUCUAGGCAUGAUGAUUCGGCCAAAAGGCGAUCCUCUAGAAAUCGUUUAUAAUGUGGAGAAAACAGAGAGCUGGGAUUCAUACAUUCAGGCUUUGGACAACUUCCUUGCACCCUACAAUGACUCUCAGCAGGCGAUGAAGAACGGCGCUUGCGUCCCGGAUCAGUACUUCAUCCAGGAGGACAGCGGCGAGGUGCGCAACAAUCCCAAACGCUCCUGCCAGUUCAACCGCACCAUGCUGGGGAGCUGCUCCGGACUGGAGGACCGCACAUACGGAUACCAGGACGGAAAACCCUGCGUGCUCAUCAAACUCAACCGGGUGAUUGGGCUGAAGCCAAGUAAUGAUGAAAAGUCUCCAUUCGUCUCCUGUUCAGCAAAAGCUCAGAAGAUGGCUCAGACGAACGAAACCAAUGCUGAAGUUGAAUACUUCCCUCAAAACGGAACCUUCAACCUCAUGUACUAUCCAUACUACGGCAAGAGAGCACAGGUGAAUUAUUCUCAGCCCCUGGUGGCUGUGAAGUUCACAGACAUCUCUUUCAACACGGACUUCAACGUGGAGUGUAAGAUCAAGUCUAGCACUCAGUUCAAGAUCAGCGAAAGAGACAAGUUCGCCGGCCGCGUAAUCUUCAAGCUGCGCAUCAACAAAGCGUAGAGCAACUGCAUCUGCCACACACACACACACACACUCAGGAGAUGGUAGAAGUCCUUCAUAUCUCAAAGUGUUCAAUGUAUUUGUCCGUCCCCAUUCUCCUGUCUACACGAUGGUUUCUAUGUGUGUGUGUGUGUGUGUGUGUCUUUGUAUCUGUGUGUUUUCAGUACUCUUGACUGUCGUCAUAUCCAGCUGAUACCGUUCCAAAGUGAAAUCAAGAGAGCAGGAAAACAUUAUCAAGCCUUUCUAGAUUUCUAGACACAAUCAUCAUGAACAAUCCAGUGAAUUCAGAGGGACCACAAUCAUCCAAAACCUGCCAAGAAAUUAUAUUAUAUAAUGUGCUCCCAAAAUAUAGGAAAAUAACACCAUGAUGUGAAGAAUCUAAAACAGGCUUCAUUUUCUGUAUGCAAAAUAUAAUUUCUUACCUUUUUCUUUUGAUAUCAAGCUAAAAUGUGACCUGGAUUCACUCGUUUAGUCUAUAUAAUGGCUUUUAUGUUACUGAGCGUAUAACAACACAAAUUAGGUCAAAUCUGGUCAAAUUCAGGAUCAUCUGUAGAAAUGCGCAUAUAUGAUCAAUUAACAAACAGAGCCAUAAAAAUCGUCACGGACUGUAAUCGACUCAUAUCUGUCACAUAUCGUUCUCUUAACUUGAUAUCUGUUUUAUCCAUUUAUUUAUUUAUGAUUUAAGGUACAUUUAUAAUGUUAUUCAUUUAUUUAUUUAUUGGAUUUGUGGUUUUUAUUUUUUUAUAUACAUAUGACAACGUUUGUGAAGACACUUUUGUAACACUGUAAUGUUCACGAAUGCACACACACACACAAGCGAAGUUAAACCGAAACGUUUGGCUGACGUUCUGCACAUUAGCCAAUCAGCUUCAAGCUGCGCCAUAUCAGUUCGCCAUUAAUUAAUUUGCCCAAUCGACUGAUAACAUAUUUCGUCCAGAACGGUUCGACCCAUCUUUCUAAACGUGUACACAGCAAUACCUUCUGGUCCGUGAGUGUACUGUUAAUACUUGUAAAUAAUACAGAAUCUGAGGUAGAUAACGAAGAGAGUAGUUACGAAGAAAAGCGCGAAAAAAAACAAAAACCUUCAAUUAAAAUUAAAAUUUGCCAAUCCAAGUAGAUGAAUGAACAAAUGUGUUUUCUUCCCAAAAAGUGUUUUUUAAUUUAUUUGUUGGUUAGCGCCCGUUAGCACAGUGGAAAUAUGACGCAAACAUUAGCUGCAUAUGUUUCUCGAAACUUUAGUUCGUUUCUUCUUAGCUUUGGUAGAAUCUUAGACUUUUAUCAUGUGAUUUGACAUUUGGAUGUUCAGGGGGAUUCGAGUCGAACGGACAAGUCAGACUCCUGAGUUGUGAGCGAGACAUUAGCGUAGUGCUUAUUAGCGAACCACUAGCCUGCCGUCGUCGACGCGCGGGUGGCCUGUCUGUGUUUAGUUUUUCUUUUGUGUUCCUUCAUUCCGCCCCCAGUAGUGAAUGUGCUGUGUUUCUAUUGGGUUACUGCCACAGUGUUGUGCGUUUGAAACAUUGGAGGGUGUGUGUUAGAAAA